AGCCGGGGGCGGGUCGGCGCGGCGCGGGGGCGGGCGGAGGGCGGCGCCGCUGCAGUGCGGGGACCCGCUCGCCCGCCGUCCCCGCGUCCGCGCGCAGCCGCCUCGGGCUUCGGGCGCCGCGCAUGCAGGAGGCCAGAAGUGGGGCCACCAUGGCGUCCCCGUCCUCUUGCCCGGCGGCGGAGGAGGACGAGAGCCUGAAGGGGUGCGAGCUGUAUGUGCAGAAGCAUGGUGUUCAGCAGGUCCUGAAGGACUGCAUCGUGCACCUGUGUGUGUCCAAGCCGGACAGGCCCAUGAAGUUCCUGCGGGAGCACUUCGAGAAGCUGGAGAAGGAGGAAACCAGACAGAUUCUGACGCAGCAGAAGUCAGACUCCCACGACGAGGAGGUCUCCCCGACCCCGCCGAACCCGGUGGUGAAAGCCCGCCGUCGCCGAGGGGGUGUGAGUGCCGAGGUGUAUACGGAGGAGGACGCCGUGUCCUACGUGAGGAAGGUUAUUCCCAAGGACUACAAGACCAUGACGGCGCUGGCCAAGGCCAUCUCCAAGAACGUGCUGUUUGCUCACCUGGACGACAAUGAGAGAAGCGACAUAUUUGACGCCAUGUUCCCCGUCACGCACAUCGCCGGGGAGACCGUCAUCCAGCAAGGGGACGAAGGAGAUAACUUCUACGUGAUCGACCAAGGAGAAGUGGACGUAUACGUGAAUGGAGAGUGGGUGACGAGCAUCAGCGAAGGGGGCAGCUUUGGGGAGCUGGCGCUCAUCUACGGCACCCCCAGGGCAGCGACCGUCAAAGCCAAGACGGACCUCAAGCUCUGGGGCAUUGACCGGGACAGCUACCGGCGCAUCCUCAUGGGCAGCACCCUGAGAAAACGCAAGAUGUACGAGGAGUUUCUCAGCAAGGUCUCCAUCCUGGAGUCGCUGGAGAAGUGGGAGCGCCUGACCGUGGCUGACGCCUUGGAGCCUGUGCAGUUUGAGGACGGAGAGAAGAUUGUGGUCCAGGGGGAGCCCGGGGACGAUUUCUUCAUCAUCACGGAGGGCACGGCCUCCGUCCUCCAGCGCCGGUCCCCCAACGAAGAAUAUGUGGAGGUGGGGCGCCUGGGGCCCUCCGACUACUUUGGGGAGAUUGCGCUGCUGCUGAACCGGCCCCGGGCGGCCACCGUGGUGGCCCGGGGGCCCCUCAAGUGCGUCAAGCUGGACCGGCCCCGCUUCGAGCGCGUGCUGGGCCCCUGCUCCGAGAUCCUCAAGAGGAACAUCCAGCGCUACAACAGCUUCAUCUCCCUCACCGUCUGAGCCCCGCGGCCCCGCAGCCCCGCUUCCGUGUGCUGGCCUGUUCCCGUGUCCACGGGCCGUGGGGGCGGGCGCCCCAACUCCGCGGGGCCGCCCCUUCCUCCGGACUCCUGUUGGGAAAAAAACGGUCACCUCGUGCGUUUCGAAAACAAACGGCCCUCAAGACCCCCCAGGCCUUCCCCUCUGCCGCUUGUGGGACCCAGCCUCACUCCUCCCCGAGUCUUGGGGGCGCAGGAGUCAGCUGUGAGUCCGGGCCAGCCCGGGGCGGGAAGGGGGUGCUGGGCUGGCCGGGUCGGGACGUGCGCUCGCCCCUGUGCCCCAGGGGCCAGGCCACCAGGGCUGCAGUCUGAGUGGGGUGCAGUGACGUGAGAGGGGGUGUCCCACGGGGAUCCUCUGUUUCCAGGGGGUCCUGUCGGAGACGCCAGGCAGGAGAGUGACCGAAAGCGGCCCCUGCCUCAGACAGGAGGGGGCCUCAUCUGGCCGCAGGCGAGCCCCCCCCCCACCCCGGGGCCCAGGCUCGCGGGAGCCCCUAGAGGAGAGAUGUGGUCGAGUGUGCGUCCCCACCUUUCCAGAGACUCGCCCCUCGGGAUGGCCAGCGUGCCAGACGGUCACCCUCGCUGGGCCGGACAGCCGGGACAGGAAGGAGACAUCGGGAGUUGGACGCUUUCCACGACCCGGGGAGCACGGUUCUCUCAGAGUCAGGCUGGGGGCCGCAUGAUAUUCGCUUCUUUGCAGGGCAGCUCCUUGGGGACCUUCUGAGGGGGAGGAGGGGUUUCCAGACACGCUCUGGGUACGGUUGUGACGGCCAGGGGCUCCUUCUCACUUGUCCGGCGGCGCCCCACUGGACACGAGCCCUUGCCCCGGGAGACAGGUGCUUCCUGAACCUCCAUCCUCCCGGAGCAGGAAAGAUAAAAACCAAACAGCCCCACACCGGCCCAGGUCGACGAUCGAUGGAAACCCCACUUCAAUGUGUUUUCGGUCCGCGUCAGCUGGAGCUAGAGAGGCCCCGGGGGCAGGACAGAGAGCCACGGUGGCCCCUGGUGACAGACAUGAGAACGAGGUCGUGCAGUUAGCCCGAUUUUGCCCUUCCUACGCACGUCUGGGAAGCCGCCAGUGUGAGGCGACCCCGGCCAGCCCUGCCUUUGCCCGUGGAUUUUCUGUGAUGCCUGAGCCGCCAUGCGUACCGUGAAGUUUCAACGCUGCAUGUGUAUUAAAUGUGCCACGAAGUACCUCUUCCCA